AUGUUGGGCAGCUCCGCACCGGGGCCUGCGGCCCGCGAGGCGGGCUCGGCACCGCUAACGCUGCAGCAGACGGCGCUCCAAGAGGACCAGGAGAACAUCAACCCGGAGAAGGCGGCGCCUGCCCAGCAGCCGCGGACCCGGGCCGCCCUGGCUGUACUGAAGGCCGGGAACACGCGGGGUCCAGCACCGCAGCAGAAGCCCAAGACGCGACGGGUUGCACCUCUUAAGGAUCUCCCUAUAAAUGAUGAGCAUGUCGUUGUUCCUCCUUGGAAAGCAAACAAUAAACAGCCUACAUUCACCAUUCAUGUGGAUGAAACAGAAGAAAAAACUCAAAAGGAGCCAACUGAAUCUCAAAAAACAGAACAUGAAGAUGUCCUGGCUUUUAAUUCAGCUAUUACUUUACCUGGACCAAGAAAACCACUGGUACCUCUUGAUUAUCCAAUGGAUGGUAGUUUUGAGUCACCACAUAAUAUGGACAUGUCAAUUGUAUUAGAAGAUGAAAAGCCAGUGAGUGUUAAUGAAGUACCGGACUACCAUGAGGAUAUUCACACAUACCUUAGGGAAAUGGAGGUUAAAUGUAAACCUAAAGUGGGUUACAUGAAGAAACAGCCAGACAUCACUAACAGUAUGAGGGCUAUCUUGGUGGACUGGUUAGUUGAAGUAGGAGAAGAAUAUAAACUGCAGAAUGAGACACUGCAUUUGGCUGUGAACUACAUUGAUAGGUUCCUUUCUUCAAUGUCUGUGCUAAGAGGAAAGCUUCAGCUUGUGGGCACUGCUGCUAUGCUGUUAGCCUCAAAGUUUGAAGAAAUUUACCCCCCAGAAGUAGCAGAGUUUGUGUACAUUACAGAUGAUACCUAUACUAAGAAACAAGUUCUAAGAAUGGAGCAUCUGGUUUUGAAAGUCCUUACUUUUGAUUUAGCUGCACCAACAGUAAAUCAGUUUCUUACACAAUACUUUCUGCACCAGCAGCCUGCCAACUGCAAAGUUGAAAGCUUAGCAAUGUUUUUGGGAGAAUUAAGUUUGAUAGACGCUGAUCCAUACCUAAAGUAUUUGCCAUCAGUUAUUGCUGGAGCGGCCUUUCACUUAGCACUCUACACAGUAACAGGACAAAGCUGGCCUAAAUCGUUAAUACAUAAGACUGGAUAUACCCUGGAAAGUCUUAAGCCUUGUCUCAUGGACCUUCACCAGACCUACCUCAAAGCACCACAGCAUGCACAACAGUCAAUAAGAGAAAAGUACAAAAGUUCAAAGUAUCAUGGUGUUUCUCUCCUCAACCCACCAGAGACACUAAAUGUGUAACAAUAAAAGACUGCCUUUGUUUUCUAAGAUAUAAAU